CCGGAUCCGGUUACGUCAUGAUUAGUUGGACGUGGUCGUGUCGUGUAUAAAUAGAAGUCCAUGGGUCGUUACAGUCGCAAAACGGACAACUUAGCAGACGACAAUGAUGUUGCUAGCUGCCUGCCUCUGUGUGAUGAUGCUGGUGGGAGUCGACGCCAUAGAUCCAAGACGGACAGACAUAACGGAUUUAGGAUACGGCUACAUGUUUCAAGGAUGGGUAGACAUCAAAGGACAGGGAGCGAACAAUGACUAUUGCAGAGUCGUUGGGCCCAGCGCCAAUUCCCCAUACAAAUGGCUAUCAUGUGCUCUGUCCGGAACUCAAGGAGAUAGUCAGUACAAUUACAACCCACCUAACGGGGGUCUGGUCUCUUUUGAUGCUGGCUACACCAACACCUGGUACAUGAGCGACGCGAAUGGAGAUGGGCGGGCCGACUACUGCAGAUGCGUUGGAAAUCGACCGAAUUCGUAUGUUUCGUGUAUGCUGGCCAAAAGGUUCAGCUUUGGGUGCAACCAGUACGAACACAGAGUUCCUGGAUCCGACGGUUGUUAGUUAUUUACCGACCACCCUGAAUGUGUAACCUUUGUAACAUGUUUUCAACCAAUAUAACUUUUUUUUAGUUAUUACAGUUGUAAUACGCUUACAUUUUCACAAUGUAUGUUAUGAAUUAUCAAUAUCCAACAUUCAAUGCAUUUCUGGAUAUUCUAAUGUUUGUAUAACACAUAUAUAUUGAAUUUAGCUUACGGAAUAUAGAGCCUACUUACAAAGUUACAUCUUUGUUUAAAAUAUGAGUAUUUCUAUCUAUGUGAUGCAUGUCUCUCAAUAUAUGUAUAUUCAAUGCAUUUCUGGUCGUCCUAGUGUUUGUAGCAGCUUAAUAAAUAUGCAUUUGUGCCUACAAUAAAUUCAUCCUUGAUUUA